AAGUGGGAAGAAAGAAACCGCAUCGCCCAGCAACGUAUUUAAUUAAUUAAUUUCACUUUUUCAAAAAAAACCUUGAUCCAAAAGCUACCAAUCGAAAACAACUGGUUCCCCCACUUCUUUUUCACGUGGAAUUUCCCUCUCACUUUCUCACCAAUUCGAUUCCCAAUCUUCCCUGUAAAUCCGGAAACCCUAACCCUCCAAAUUCUCAUCAAUUCUUUCGCGGAUGAAAACCGAUUGCUAGCCUUUGAAUUUUCCCGGCAAAGCUCCAGACUCAGGGACUCAAUGGCGGCGACGCUCAACACCUCCAUGGCGGCCUGGAUCCGCCACUUACUCGCUUGCAUGGGUGGUUGUUUUGGAUGCUGCACUAAACCCACACCAAUUACUGCUGUUGAUGAGCCUUCGAAGGGAUUGAGAAUUCAAGGGCGAAGUGUUAAGAAACCGGGCAUCUCGGAUGACUUUUGGAGCAGCAGUACUUAUGAUUUGGACAAUAGUGCCGUUCAAUCCCAGAGAAGCAUCUCAUCCAUCAGCACAUCCAACCAGACCCUCAACUUUGGCAGUGUGGCUGGUAGUAGCACAAGCAGCCAAUCCGACUUUGUAAAUAAUGGUCUUGUUCUAUGGAACCAGAACAGGCUUGAGUGGAUCGGAAGUGGCAACCCUAGGAAUCAAAUUCCAAAAACUCGGGAAACCAGAGUAAGUUGGAAUGCAACUUAUGAAAGAUUGGUUGGAACCAAACAGAGACAGUCGCCUUAUGCGCAACGCAUUCCUUUGUCUGACAUGGUAGAAUUUCUCGUGGAAGUAUGGGAGCAGGAGGGUCUGUACGAUUGAGUGAAUACCAGAAUCCGCCUUUUAACGUGAGGAAGAUACUUUUGUCUUUGUAAAUCUGAGAGGUGUGUCUAGAUGGACGGGGCAAAGAAGGAAUUCGAUACAACGACCACAUGUUUCAAGUUUAGCUGUAAUAUUUUCAUCCUUUCUGCUCCCUUUUGUAACCAUGUAAUUGUGGAAAAUGUCGUCUGCCACGCAUAACUGAAUACAGAAGCAGCAGUUAGCUUUUGCUUGUGUGAAUACAAAAGUUAAAAAAGAGGGUUUCAAAAUAUACACCUAGAUUCAUGGUGA